CAUGGGUCAUCACGUUGUCUAGCGUACGGCUAGCAACGUAGUUGCGAUGAUCUCAGAGUGAACAGGAAGUCUUCUGGUUCUCAGUAGCUCUUCACUUCCGGCGGACUCAAAAAAUAGAACAGGGUUGGCACUUAGUUUGAGUUUGUCAAACAGGUAUUCUUGAUAUUCGUUGAUGCUAGCAUAUGCCGUCGUUGAAUCUGGUAUGUCGUGCUGACAGGUGGAUAGGAGGACUGUCGGAGACGCCCGAGCGGGACAGUAUUUGGCUUCAAUAAGUUUGUUAUUAGCGCGCCACUAUCUUAAUCUUGUAGAUGCAUGAUUAUUUUUUAUUUCUUGAAAAUGCAAGAAAUGAGGUACACCCGCAUUGUAGUCAUUGUUGAAGUAUGGAAUGAGUGGUGCUUGUGAGAGAGACCCUUUUCCGCCACGGUCCGCUUCAACAUGAUGAUGAUUUUUAAAUCCACUGGGUACAGGCCGAUCGAUCAUGAAUGAAUAUACUUAUAAGAAUGUUGGUGCCUUCGAUUGCUUUUUUACACAAUAAAUCCUGAUGGCUUGUUGUUCUCUUGAUUGAUUUCUAUUUCUUGCUCUCCUCAUGCCUGGAUCGCGAGACUGAGCAAGGCAACCAGACUUUGCAUACUCAUUUCUUUCUUGAAUCUCCCUCAAACCUAUGUAUAAGCUCUGCCACUUUUCUCGCGCUUACCAGGUUGUUUCUUGUUGAAUGUCGACUACCAUUUUCCUUUUCGUUGUCUCGGUCGUUUUGUAAUGUGGUGCGGGGACUUUGCCGCUGACUAACACUCUUGCCUGAUAAAGACGCUCAUUUCUAUGCACGACCCGAACAGACCUACACGUUAUCUCUCGCGAAGCCGCUGCAUCUAGCACAUUGGCAUGAGUGAGGCUCUUCAGCUUGCGCUUGAACUUGUAGGCGAAGUAGCAGAAGUUAGGAUGAGCUGUCGUUCCACCGUGUCACAAACGCAAAUAGAUUUGUAGUCACGCCAGGACAUCGCCAUGAUUAUCUAUUAUGGAUAUUCAAUUGGAAUCGGACGGUGAUCCAAUAAAAAUAGAAGAAUGAAGAUAUCAUGUAAUAAGUAAACCAGACAGGAUUUUCACGCCUGCCAGUUGUCGAGCUGCCGCGCUCGCCCGGUGAUUGCUUUUUAAUCCUCGCCAAGGAAACACGCAUCAUGUGUUAUGGGGCAUUAUCCGACCAGAAUGAUCAUAGUUACUCGAAGGAGUUGCUUUUUCAAGAAGAUAAGUAUUUAUCUAGUACUAUUUCAAAUCCUAGACCUACUUACAACAUACUAGCAGGGAUAAGUAUGGCA